GUAAAAGGAGGCAACAUAGAUGUGCAUCCAUCUGAGAAGGCCCUCAUUGUCCACUAUGAAGUGGAAGCAAUGAUUCUGGGGGAGCUGGGAGACCCCAUGCUGGGGGAGCGCAAGGAAUGUCAGAAAAUCAUUCGGCUAAAGAGUCUUAAUGCAAACACAGACGUUGCUUCGCUGGCUCGAAAGGUGGUUGAAGAAUGCAAGCUCAUUCACCCUUCCAAACUUGCAGAUGUAGAACAGCUGUUGUACUACCUGCAGAACCGCAGAGAUGCCUCACAGGAAAAGGAAAAUAAAGAGAAACCCAGUAAGCCAAAAGAUCCACCGACAUUUGAAGGAAUGGAGAUUGAUGAAGUUGCCAAUAUCAAUGACAUGGAUGAGUACAUUGAGUUACUGUAUGAGGACAUCCCUGACAAAGUGCGUGGCUCUGCCCUCAUCCUGCAGCUGGCUAGGAAUCCUGAUAAUUUGGAAGAACUGCUUAUCAAUGAAACUGCCCUGGGUGCGUUGGCUAGAGUGCUGAGGGAAGACUGGAAACAAAGCGUGGAACUUGCUACCAAUAUAAUUUAUAUUUUUUUCUGCUUUUCAAGUUUUUCUCAAUUUCAUGGAAUAAUCACGCACUACAAAAUUGGAGCUCUGUGUAUGAAUAUCAUAGACCAUGAACUGAAGAGACAUGAGCUUUGGCAGGAAGAACUUGCUAAAAAGAAGAAAGCUGUUGAUGAAGAUCCUGAAAAUCAAACACUGAAAAAGGACUAUGAGAAAACUUACAAGAAAUACCAAGCACUGGUUGUCAAGCAGGAACAGCUACUCAGAGUUGCACUUUACCUGCUCCUAAAUCUUGCUGAGGAUACUCGCACUGAGCUGAAGAUGAGAAACAAGAACAUUGUCCAUAUGUUGGUGAAAGCACUGGACCGUGAUAAUUUUGAGCUGCUUAUCCUGGUCGUAUCUUUCUUGAAGAAACUCAGCAUUUUUAUGGAGAACAAAAAUGAUAUGGUUGAAAUGGAUAUUGUUGAAAAACUUGUCAAAAUGGUACCCUGUGAACAUGAAGACUUGCUGAACAUCACUCUUCGACUCUUACUAAAUCUUUCCUUCGACACGGGCCUGAGAAAUAAAAUGGUACAAGUUGGUCUGCUUCCCAAACUCACUGCACUUCUAGCAAAUGAAAGCUACAAACAAAUAGCAAUGUGUAUUCUGUAUCACAUAAGCAUGGAUGAUCGCUUUAAGUCAAUGUUUGCCUACACAGACUGUAUCCCACAGUUAAUGAAAAUGCUUUUUGAAUGUCCUGAUGAGCGAGUUGACCUGGAACUUAUUUCUUUCUGUAUUAAUCUUGCUGCUAACAAAAGAAAUGUGCAGCUUAUCUGUGAAGGAAAUGGUUUGAAAAUGUUGAUGAAGCGUGCUCUGAAAUUUAAGGACCCAUUGUUAAUGAAGAUGAUCAGGAACAUCUCGCAACAUGAUGGACCAACUAAGAGCCUGUUUAUUGACUAUGUUGGUGAUUUAGCAGCUCAAAUAUCAAAUGGUGAAGAGGAGGAAUUUGUGAUUGAAUGCCUGGGAACACUUGCAAAUUUGACCUUACCAGACCUGGACUGGGAACUUGUACUGAAAGAGUAUAAACUGGUUCCAUACCUCAAGGAUAAACUAAAACCAGGUUCUGCAGAAGAUGACCUGGUUUUAGAAGUGGUGAUAAUGAUUGGAACAGUUUCUAUGGAUGACUCUUGUGCUGCUCUGCUGGCUAAAUCUGGAAUCAUCCCUGCACUCAUUGAGCUUCUAAAUGCUCAGCAAGAAGAUGAUGAGUUUGUCUGCCAAAUCAUCUAUGUAUUUUAUCAGAUGGUUUUCCACCAAGCCACCAGAGAUGUCAUUAUCAAGGAAACCCAGGCUCCAGCAUAUCUUAUAGACCUGAUGCAUGAUAAAAAUGCUGAGAUUCGCAAAGUUUGUGACAACACUCUGGAUAUUAUAGCGGAAUAUGAUGAGGAAUGGGCUAAAAAAAUCCAGAGUGAGAAAUUCAGGUGGCACAACUCGCAGUGGCUGGAGAUGGUGGAGAGUCGGCAGAUGGAUGACAGUGAGCAGUACCUGUAUGGGGAUGAUCGGAUUGAGCCCUACAUCCAUGAGGGGGAUAUUCUGGAAAGACCUGACCUCUACUACAAUGCAGGUAAGGCAGAAUCCCCGGAUGGAGCGGUGAGCCCGGAUUUCUUUGGUGAUUACCAUCUUCAGAACGGAGACCUCAUUGGGCAGCAUCCCUUCUCUACCAGCAUGGGAGUUGAUGGAUUUGGUCAAUCACCAGGGGUUCCUGGCCGCCCAGCGACUGCCUAUGGAUACCGCCCAGAUGAACCUUACUACUACAGCUAUGGAGCACGAUAG